AUGCAGAAACUCCUUUGGGUCGGUUCACUCAGCGCUGCAUCAUGCCCUGAAGCUGUGCCAUCCCUCCGGCAUCCCAUCCUGCUGGAUAAAUGUCAACGACCCAAGGCUGACCGAGAUCGUCCAGGCACUUCGCUAUCAAGGUUUGCGAGCUUCACGGAAGCAACGGCCGCAGUAUCAGGUGAACCAACAGAACAAGAUCGCAUCGCCUACCACUCCAAAAACGCCGUCGUCGUAUGUCAUGACGUGCGAGGACCCAGAGCCCAUGCUGCCACCUCUCCCUGGCUAUAUCUAGCCACGAUAUACCCCUUCUGGGCUUCUCUCGAUCCCGUUCCGGGCGCACGAUGA